AUGGAAGCUAAAAUAGACAACCAAUCAGUACUGGUAACUGAUCAUGAUCAUAAUGAUCAUAAUAACAUUGAUCACAACAAGAACCCCGUAAUGUAUAGUCGAGAGUUGGUUUGGAGAAACAUUGUAUUAAUGUCUUUCGUAUACAUGUCGGCGGUCUAUGGCCUGUAUUUGGCCGUAACUGCCGCUCAGUUUAAGACUAUUGUGUUUAUGAAUUUUAUUGGUGUUCUCUCUUCGCUUGGCGUACAAGCGGGUUGUCAUAGGCUGUGGUGUCACCGCACAUAUAAAGCCAAUGUUCCGCUUAAGAUAAUACUAAUGGUAAUGCAAACCCUGGCCUUUCAAAAUGAUAUCUAUGAGUGGAGUCGUGACCAUCGCCUGCACCACAAACACAGCGACACCGACGCCGACCCACACAACUCCGGGAGGGGUUUCUUCUUCUCACACGUCGGUUGGCUUUUGUGUAAAAAACAUCCGGAAGUGAAGGAAAAGGGGAAGACUAUAGACAUGAGUGACAUACCACACAACUCCGGGAGGGGUUUCUUCUUCUCACACGUCGGUUGGCUUUUGUGUAAAAAACAUCCGGAAGUGAAAGAAAAGGGAAAGACUAUAGACAUGAGUGACAUCGCUUCCGACCCUAUUGUCCAAUUUCAACGCGCAUUUUAUAUACCAUUAUUGGCACUGAUUUGGGCCGCAAUUCCCACUUUUAUACCCCAUUAUUAUUGGGGCGAAACCCUAUGGAACUCUUUGUUCGUGUGUGUUAUGCUUCGGUACUGUUAUAUUGUUAAUCUAACAUGGUGCAUUAAUAGUGUAGCUCACAUUUAUGGAAUGAAGCCAUACGAUAAUAGUAUAAAACCAGUUGAGGCACAUAUGAGACACUUUUUUAAUGGCGAAGGUUAUCAUAAUUUUCACCACGCGUUUCCCUGGGAUUACUCGGCCUCAGAGUUGGGGGCAAUCGAUACGUUCAAUCCGGGGACGGCUUUCAUAGACAUGUUUGCGGCCAUCGGUUGGGCCUAUGAUCUGAAGAAGGCGUCCAAUGAUAUGGUAAAGAGCCGACAGACCAAAAGUGGUGACAUUCACUAUACGUUCAAAUCCCGGCUUUCGGAGCAAAUCGUCGGUUCAAUU